AUGAUGUCUCUGCCAACCACUCACGAUUGCCACAUCUUCGGAACCAUCAACGGACACGCCUUCGACAUGGUGGGAGGCGGCAGCGGCAACCCCAAGGAUGGAUCGCUGCAGACCACCGUGAGGUCUACCAAAGGUCCUCUGCCCUUCUCCGGCGUGAUCCUGGGGCCGAACCUGGGGUACGGCUACCACCAGUACCUCCCCUUCCCCAGCGGGAUGUCUCCCUACCAAAACGCCAUCAAGAACGGAGGGUAUGAGAAGCACCGCACGUUCCAGUUCGAGGACGGCGGCGUGAUGAGCAUCAACUUCCGCUACAGCUACGAGGGCAACAAGAUCAAGGGAGAGUUCCACGUUGUGGGUUCCGGGUUCCCUGAUGACGGCCCUGUGAUGACCAACUCUCUGCAGGCUCACGACAAUAACGUCGAGCGUCUGCAAGUUCUUGGCGACAGGACCAUCGGCAGCGACAACGUCUGGACUUACACCGGGAAGGGCAAAGGCGGCACCUACAAGGCCAACGUGAUGACCAACGCUACCUUCGCCCAAAACCUGCAGCCAGGCCUGGAGGCCAUCAUGCCGCUCUUCGUCUUCCGCAAGGUUGACAUCGAGGCCUCGAAGACGGAGAUCACCCUGGUGGAACGCGAGAAAGUUUUCUCUGAUCUCUGCCAGUAA